AUGUCUCUCAAAGACGACCGCUUCCCGUCCUCUUCCUCCUUCGACCUGAUCGCCUCUGCGCUCCAAGACGAGGGCGAGCGGAAAGAUGCUGUCAAAAAGGGCCAGGCUAUCUUCGGCUUCACGAUCAAGAAGGGCGGGGAGACGGCGGACUGGCACAUUGAUUUGAAAGAGUCGGGCAAGGUUGGCAAGGGUUUGGCGCCGGAGGGGAAGAAGGCGAAUGUCACCCUCAUCCUCGACGAUGCGGAUUUCGCCAAGCUCAUGUCCGGCAAAGCAAACGCGCAGAACCUCUUCAUGAAGGGCAAGCUGAAAGUCAAGGGGGACGUCAUGAAGGCUACCAAGAUGGAGCCGAUCCUUACAAAGGCGCAGGCGAAGGCGAAGCUAUAG